ACAUUUUGCGUGUGUUGUGCAAAAUCUUUUUGUUCUUUUUUUGUGCUUUGUGAUUGAAUGAGAAUAGUGAAAGAAAACAAACAAUUAGAAACGGAAAUUGAUAAAUAAGAAAAACUUGCAUUAUCAAGUUUAAUGGCAGGGCCAUUCAUAUCGCCGCUUCCGGGCGAUCUGCUCACGGAGUACAUGUUCGGCCGAAGGCGCCAGAGACGGAAUCGCACCACAUUUACGCCACAGCAGCUGCAGGAACUGGAGGCCCUCUUCCAGAAGACUCACUAUCCGGACGUCUUUCUGCGAGAGGAAGUCGCGCUGCGCAUUAGCCUCAGCGAGGCACGCGUCCAGGUGUGGUUCCAGAAUAGGCGUGCAAAGUGGCGUAAGCAAGCGCGCCUGCAGCUGCUCCAAGAUGCAUGGCGGAUGCGCUGCCUCAGUCUGGGCAAUCCGCCAGUUAUAGGCGGAGGUAGCGGUUCGAAUAGGCCAACCAAUGGUACAGCGGGCAACGGCGGCAAUGGCAACAGUCAGAUGCCAGAGAAUUUAUCUGCUGGCAAUACACCGGGCAGCAAGGAUGCAUUGAUCAAUAGUGAUGUGGGCGUCAAUGAUGUGCCUGUAAUAGCUAAUGGACAAGGCGCUGGCAACUUUACCAUGAUGCAUCCAGCUUUUCAACAGCAACAACAACAGCAGCAGUCAACGCAUUCACAGUCCGAGCAUGAGAAGCUAUCGAAAACCUAUACCGAGCUGAAGCUGUACAAGGAGCCGACAGCGCAUGGUGUCUCCGAAAUGGAUCUGGGUGGCAUGUCUGCCCUUGGGCCCACCUCCGAUGAAGGUUCUGAUGGCUCUGAUUCUGAGGAAAUUGAUUUGACAUCGGGUGCCUGCAUAGACUUCUCUCAGAGCAGCAAACUGCAACAGCAACAGCAACAACAGCAACAGCAGGCAGCAGUUUUGGCGGCGACACAGCCGCAGACCUCAAAUGGCGUGCAUUAGAGCUGAGGGUGUAUAUA